CGGGAUGACUCACCCAAGGCGCCUGUUACGCAUGACAAAGAGGGGGAGAGAAAAAAAUCAAAGGAUAAGGUGGGGCGAGCAGAUAGAAGGAGUCAGAUAAAAAGGAGUUUAACGCGGAGGAGACACAUUUAAGACGAGGACAGGACGUCUCCACAUGCUGCCGCGCGUCAGGACCAUGCAGAGCUCCAAGCUGAUCAGCGGUGCGCUCCUGUGCGCACUGCUGCUGCUCUCCAGUGCCAGUGGAUUCCAGGGCAUGGACUCCGAGUCUGAGGAGGAGCUGAGCCCCAGAGCCCUCAGAGACUUCUACCCCAAAGGUCCGAACCUAACCAAUGAGAAAGAGCUGCUCGGAGCUCUCCAAGAAGUCCUUGAAAAGCUGCAGACUAAGCGCCUGCCUCUGUGGGAAAAGAAAUUUGGACAAGUCCCAAUGUGUGAUGUUGGAGAGCAGUGCGCCGUGAGAAAAGGCGCACGUAUCGGCAAGAUGUGCGACUGUCCCCGGGGGGCCUUCUGCACUUUCUUCCUGCUUAAGUGAUUAUGAGCACGGAUGAGAU